CGGAAAUAUCGCAACUGACUAAAGCCCCGUGAAAAAAGUUUGACACCUGCACAGUGGACGAACAAAGAUGCGACUACAGAAACUCUGCUGUGACUGUCUGUAAGAUGGUAGAGACACAUGUCCCAGAACAACCUUGAAACAAACCCAGACAAUGUCAGCUUCCAACGCCUGGAACAGGCAACAGAUGAGGACCAGGGCCUCCCUCUGCAGCAUUUCAAUCACUGCUUUGCACCAGUAUCCGUAAUAAGCUGUGAUGAUUAUAGCUGGGGCAUAGUCACACCUGCCACUAGAAAGCCCAGCUGGAGAGGACGAGUACAGGGUGGAUCCGUCAUGUGGCAAAAAAAGAUCACCUAACCUCUUGUAACCUGGCGAGGAUCGCUGUCAAGAAAACAACAGCCGUCCCCGUGCUGUUGCCAGAGGCCAGCACAGAGCCAGAGAGGAGGGACUGCGUGCAGCUCUGUGAGCCAGCUGUCGUUCGCUCAGAGCUGCGUCUUCUCUCUCCCGGACUCUCCCCCUUCUCCACUGGCCUCAUCACUCCAUGGGACUCCAGACCUGGCCGCCAAGCAAACCAACACUGUCCUCCAUGGCCUGCCUUGAUGUGGAGACCCCCUCCAUCUGCAGGGGUAAUUUCAAAUCAGUCCUCCAGCUCUGUCUGCAGCAGAGGAGGACUCGGGAGCAGCUUGUGGAUCAAGGCAUCAUGCCACCUCUGAAAACACCUGCAGCCUUUCAUGAGCAGAUUCGCAGCCUGGAGAGAGCCAAGACAGGGAACUUCCUGAAGCACAAACUCUGCAGCAGACCUCAGCGAUCUGAGCUGGUCCGUAUGCACAUCCUGCAAGAGUCGCAGGCUGAGGCCUCCCUGCAGGCCACACAGAUGAAGCUGAAGAGGGCCAGACUGACUGAUGAUCUCAAUGAGAAGAUCGCCCAGCGGCCUGGACCCAUGGAGCUGGUGGAGAAGAACAUCCUGCCUGUGGACCCUGCUUCUGAAGAGGUCAACAAUGGUGAAGAGUCAAACCACUCUAAAGCAGCAGAUGUUUACAGCUUUGAUGAGGACAGCAGCGAGGCCUUAUCACCAGAGCAGCCUUCCAGCCAGGAAACUCCCGUCUCCACCUCGACCUCUGUGAGGGAGUCUGCAGGGACUGAGGCCGCUUCAUCCUCCUCUCAGUUAAACUCUGCCGUGCAGCAUUCCCCACCAUCUAACUCACAGCCCCCAUCAGAUUUACUUAAACUCGUCUCUACCAAUGAGACGCAAAGCAACUCACAAGCAUCUGCACCUCAGCCAAUCACCGCUGUUGUGUCCAGUAUCACGCCAGGGCCAGUUCUUGUAAAGCAGAGCCUGCCCAAGCUGCCUGGCGAUAAAAGCCGUAGCAAAAAGAGCAAAGAGCCCAAACCGUGGGUGAAAAAGCUGAAGUACCAUCAGUACAUACCCCCGGACCAGAAGCAGGAGCUCAAUGACAUACCGAUGGACUCUGCCUACGCCUGCCUCCUGCAGCAGCAGCAGCAGUUCCUGCAGCUCCAGAUCUUAAACCAGCAACAGCAGCAGUACAACUACCCGGCCGUCCUGCCUGCCACAGUAAAAUCAGCAACUGAGGUACAAACCAGCUGUUCCACUGUUCUGAGUGGAAACGCUGCAGCUGCACCCAUACAGCACCGCCACGCUCAGAUGAACCGCAAGCUGGAUCACUUACCGGCUAAUCUGGAUGAGAUGAAGGUUGCUGGGCUGAAAAUGGAACUAAAACGCAGAUCGCUCCCUGUUUCUGGGACUAAGACAGACCUGAUAGAGAGGCUGAAGUUAUAUCGGGAGACCUCUACCGUCCAGACCGCUGCUGCUGUGGAAACAACAGCUGCCACAACGUCAGAAAACAUCAAGUUAACCCCACCUGUGUCCCCUGUAGCCUCCAAGGUGUCCAGUCUGGGUAUAGAGGACAGUAGUGUGGCAGAGAGUCCAGCAAAUCUUUCAGAUUCUCGGUCUCCAGCCUACACUGCUCCCUGCAGGAGCUCCCCGCAGAGAGCUCCAAAAGAGGAGUUACCCACAGAGACAGGGUCCUCUGGGAAGGACUCUGAAAGGGACAAACGUCUUCAUGAGAAGGAGCGUCAGAUUGAGGAGCUGAUGAGGAAGCUGGAGCAGGAGCAGAGGCUGGUGGAGGAACUGAAGCUGCAGCUGGAGGUGGAGAAGAGGAGUCAGCAGGGAGAUUCUCCACCUCAGCUCAGCCCUCUCGCUCCCAUCCAGGUCAAAGAGGAGAAAAGGUCCCCCUUAAACUGCUCCGCUCCCUGUCGCUCCCCUGGUCUGCCACUGUUGGUCAAACAGGAGGAGGCUAUGGACCAGAGCCACUCAGCUCCUCCUAAUCAAUUCCUCAUCAGCCAUCAGACCAUCAAGCAGCCCGAAGCGCCGCACUCCGUCCAGGCCGGAGCGCAGAUUCUGCUGCCUGCGUCCCCUCCUGCCUCAGCACUCACUAACCAGCUCCCAGCCAACUGCAUCAAAUUACACACUACUGUAAGCAGCACAACCCCAGGCCUCAUCCAGACCUCUGGACAGGUGCCACAGAAAAUAGAGGCCUCAGCAGAUUUACAACAGCAAUGCAGCACUCACACUCCGCCACUGACAAAGACAUGGAGGAUUGACACGGCAGCACAAAGUUCACUCAGCACAUUCCCAGUGAGUGGUCAUCCUACAGGAGCCGCCGUUAACCAGCCCAUCGCUAGUGGACCAGUGAAUAAGUCUCCCAGUCACAGUCAACCACCGCUGAUGUUGCAUCAGCCGACAUUCAAAACCCAUGUGUCAAAGUGUAAAGACCCACCGCGCUAUGAGGAUGCAGUGAAACAGACACGCAGCAUGCUAAUCGCUGUUCAGGGUCCCACUGCAGCCAGCCAGCAGAUGGAUGAUCUAUUUGAUGUGUUAAUUGAGAGCGGUGAAAUCUCCCCCUUCAUCAAACAGGAUCCUCCCAGCCUGGACAAGCCUCUCCCUGUGACAGCCAGCGUAACCACCCUACCUGUCAACAUGGUUUUAUCCCGCCCUCCCGCCAUGGUCCAAGUGGCACAGCCGCCCGCGCCGCCCCUCAAACCUUCGACCGGCUUGUCAGUGCUGAUCUCUGACACCCAGCUGGACACCCUCCUGGACUGCACACUGUCCGCCGACACUGAGCCACAAACACUGAAGCUGAUGGAGGAGUUGCAUUCGCCCAUCACCAUGGAGGUGGACUUUAACGUAAACGCACCGCCCUCUGCUUUUACCUUGCACAAUGCCAACAUGGACAACAUGGACAAUAUGGACUGGCUGGACCUGACCCUGUCAGCGCCAGCAGAGGGCGUCAACCCCUUGGACAUGUCGACAUCGGUGGGCGUCUUCUCCUCUGACUUCCUGGAGUCUCAUGAACUGUGUUGAUGGAAAUGAGGUAAUGCCAAUGCAAAACUGAUGUGAUAUCAUUACAAGGCUUAUUAAUCAUCAUGUUACUCACAUGUAAUCCAUUUACAGCAUAUUACUUGUAAUCAAACAGUACCUUUACUCAUGUAAUUGUGCAUAGGAGGUUAACAAAAAGGGACGACAUUUGAGCGAGUGGAUGCCAGAAAGAGUUUGAAUCUGGAGUUGACAUUUUAUGAAAAGGUAGAAGGAAUAGAGUCAGAUGUCUUUGAGAAGCUUUGCAGAGAGGAAGGAGAGACCUUUCUAAGGAAAGCAGACAGGGGGGAAAACCUUGUUACGGCUGAAUGACACACCAGCCACGCACCAAUAUCUCAUCUAUCUGAGCGUCGCAUCCGUGUCUGUCCUUUGUCAUCCCCUAUCCCAACCGGGAGGAGUGCAGUAUGGGUACAGGCCGGGGGAAAUAUAUUCCUCUCUUCAUUCUGGGUCCAGAACCUUCAAAUGUCAGAUUUGUACCUUGUACUCUCUGUUAUCCACAGAAUAAAUGGUUGUGUGAUAAAGAUAAAAUCAUGCAUAUCUCUGUGUAUGAGUUCGGCUGCGGCGAAUCCAUUAGUGGGUGUUUUUUAAAUGUGAUAAAAGACGGAAGGAAUCCACAACAAACACUUGCUCAAUAAACAUGUCAGGCCAUUUCAAAUAAACAUGAUUUUGUGGGACACUCACAUAACAUAGAAGUGGUACUGGUGGUGUGAGCUGACAGUGGAUGUAACUUGUUAUCAAUCUUUUCUCAUGUUUGUCCUCUUUGUUGUCUGAUCUUACUGUACCGUUACUGUACAUACUGCGCUCUACUGCACUGACCGUGGUAACAGCAGAAACUACUGCUGCUAUCAAAACAGAUUGUAAACACACGCACGCCAAAUGUAAAGCAUUUCUGCCACAAGUUUUUACUGUCAGCAGCUCAGUCAAAUCGUACUUUAAUAUCAUAGGUCAUGGGGACUGACUAUGAUGUCGAUGAUAAACCUAAAGCAGGAGAAUCCUCAGUAAAUGUUACGGACUACAGUUAAAUGAAUGUGCUGGCAGACCGACUCCUGCAGGAUUACAAAUAUUUAUUAUCUGCUUUGUUAUGUUCACAACCUUCAGAAAAAGAACAGUACCCAUGAGUAUGAUCCAGUGUUCGCGCUACCUUCAUACUGAUCUAACCUUCGUGUUGGUUUGUGUCGUGGUGACAUCUGCUGGCCACAUCUGGUUUUCUUUUUCAGCAAAUUACAUAAAACGACAUCUGUAUGAAGUUAAUAAACUUCAGUUUCAAAGAAACUCUUGCAGGACAGUGGGACAGUGCCUUUAUGGAUUAUGUGCUGGAAUGAGAAUUCUUUUUUUUAACUUGUAUAACUCCACUGCAAGAGACAUUAUAAUGCAGAGUUUGUAUAGCACGUUUUCCACAUUGUGUAUUUCUGUUGAAUACAAAUGUAUCAGCUGGUUUGGUUUUGUAAAUACAGAGAUAAUUUGGGAUUUCACACUCAGUCUAGUACGACCUUUACUCUUCAGUGCUUACCAUUAAAAACUAUACAAUGAAUGUAUUAA